UGUGGCAACCUUAAACUAAACGUCAAAUAUUUCCUUUCUUUUUUCAGCCUCUUUCCGGUCGGUCUGCAGUGUUGUCGUCAAAAUGCGAACGAUCAACUCGAAUCAGUGUGUCAAGAUCCCCAAGGAUAUUAAAGCCUCCGUGAAGGCGCGUGUGGUCACGAUAACCGGCACCAGAGGCACCCUGAAGCGCAGCUUCAAGCAUCUGGCUCUGGACAUGUACAUGUCGGACAAACGCACCCUCAAAGUCGAGAAAUGGUUCGGCACAAAGAAGGAGCUCGCUGCCGUGCGCACCGUGUGCAGUCACAUUGAGAACAUGAUCAAGGGUGUGACGUUCGGUUUCCAGUACAAAAUGCGUGCUGUGUACGCUCAUUUCCCCAUCAACUGCGUUACGUCCGAGCAGAAUUCUGUUAUCGAAAUCCGUAACUUUUUGGGUGAAAAGUACAUUCGUCGCGUGGAGAUGGCUCCUGGUGUGACAGUUGUCAACUCAACAGCCCAAAAGGACGAGCUUAUCGUUGAGGGCAAUGACAUUGAGGCUGUCUCUGGCUCUGCGGCGCUCAUCCAACAGUCGACCACUGUCAAAAACAAGGAUAUUCGUAAGUUCUUGGAUGGUCUGUACGUGUCGGAGAAAACGACCGUUGUGAAGACGGAAGCUUAAUGACAUCCAUUGUGCUUCAAUUAAAAGUUUUAAUAAUAAAAGAAAACGCUGAUGUAAACUUUACAACCUA